AUGAAGAGGACUCGCCGGGAACUGCCCAAAGGUGGCUUGGUGAUGGGUACAGGCAUCGAGUCCUCUUCCCACAUUUACGGGCUGUUUCAGCACAUCUGUGUGUCAUACGAGCUGGUUCUGGCUGAUGGCAGUUUAGUGCGCUGCACAGAGGAGGAGAACUCGGAUCUGUUCCAUGCCGUCCCGUGGUCCUGUGGGACUCUGGGCUUCUUGGUCGCAGCCGAGAUCAAAAUAGUCCCAGCUAAACAGUGGGUGAAGCUGCGCUACGAGCCUGUCAGAGGACUGGAGAAUAUCUGUCAGCGCUUCGCAGAGGCAUCAGAGAACAAGGAGAACACGUUUGUUGAAGGUAUCCAGUUUAGCCUGGAUUCUGCUGUCAUCAUGACAGGAACCAUGACGGACCACGCAGAGCCCCACAAGAUUAACAGAAUUGGCCUGCACUUCAAACCCUGGUUCUUCAAACACGUGGAGAGCCACCUAACAGGAGACUGUGUUGGAGUGGAAUACAUCCCUCUGAGGCAGUACUAUCACCGACACACACGCAGCAUCUUCUGGGAGCUGCAGGACAUCAUUCCAUUUGGCAACAACCCUGCGUUCCGCUGGAUGUUCGGAUGGAUGGUCCCUCCAAAGAUCUCGCUGCUGAAGCUCACCCAGGGAGAAACCAUCAGGCGUCUGUACGAACAGCACCACGUGGUGCAGGACAUGCUGAUACCCGUGAAGCAUCUGCAGGACGCCAUCUCUCACUUUCACCAGGAGAUCAAUGUUUACCCUCUGUGGCUGUGCCCGUUCCUGCUGCCGCCGGGCCGAGGAAUGGUGCAUCCCAAGGGUCAGCAGGAGGAGCUGUACGUGGAUGUUGGAGCUUACGGAGAGCCAAAAGUGAAACGUUUUGAAGCCAAAGCAACAACACGUCGGCUGGAGAAGUUUGUCAGAGACGUGCACGGGUUCCAGAUGUUGUAUGCAGAUGUGUACAUGGAUCGAAAGGAGUUCUGGGAGAUGUUUGAUGGACACCUUUAUCACAGACUGAGAGACGAGUUGGGAUGCAAGGAAGCUUUUCCCGAAGUUUAUGACAAAAUCUGUAAAUCUGCUCGCCACUGA